AUGUUCAGGGCAAGGAACAAUCCAUCCGUCACAUUUGUGGCUCAGUCUUACGAUCCUUCGAACACAUUACUUGGAAGGCCCGGCACCAGAAUCAUUGCGAGGGGAUUCCGACACUUCAAGUUCCCUCCCAACACUGCCGGAUUCCUCUACUAUCACAUCCCUCCGUAUAGCCCCCCGCUCGCAGGAGAAGUUCGCUUUCGCGUCACAUUUUCCCCGGAUCCUGCCAGCUUCACCCAGGGGUACGACUUGCUCAUGGACUACGGCGUGCGCUGGAAUAUACCACUCCUCUACAUGACCGACAAGAAGGAAUACACGGGCCUGCAUACACUCCUACUCCAGGAUGGACUGGUGACCCCGCAGCUUUCGGACAUCGCCGCAUCUGCGGUGGAAGGACUGAAGAAAACGGCACACGGACGUAAGAUAUCCUUCCGUAGGACGGCCUUGGUGAGCUCGUUCAGGCGAGGGUUCCACUUUCGGGUCGGACAACACAACAGAUAUUGCAUUGCCAUCGGCACGGACACCGUCGUAAAGAAGCGUGUCGAAAAUCUCGCUAACUUCCGUGUUCCGGUGGACGGUAUCGGAGAGAGUGCGCAGUAUUCCCCUUUUGAAGGUAGCACCCUUGGUCCACGAUCACCGUUCGAUUAUCUCACGAUGCAUGGCCGCCCACAGGCUCUACGAUCUGCUGCUUUGAGCCUUCGACUCUUCCUGAACAUGCUGGGAAACGCGUCGUGGUACUCCGGGUAUUGCGUCUCCUCGACAGUGACCCCAUCCGACCAGUGCCGCCUCCCAACAAACACGAGUACCCAUUGUCGGCGCUGA